CGGAAAUUUUUUUGUCCCCUGACGCUCGGCUAAUCUUCGCAACUGAAUUAGCGGAAGGAAAAGAUCCUCUAGGCAUCGCCAAAAGGGCCUUAGAACGAGUGAGGAGAUUGAGAGGGGGUGGCACCGGAGGCCCCAUGAUUGAUAGGGUAGAGUACCGAGGGAGGACGGAAGUCCCAAGGGCAGCCCAUGGGAGAAUUUUGAAUAUCCCUACCUGGGCCUAUCGACUACUCUAUGCUGACGACGAGACCGUGAGGAGAGUCCGAUUGAGGGGUCAAGUGAUAGAAAAAUUCCCACUGGGUGAAGGAGGAGGGGACGAGCUAUUCACCCAGUGCUGGGAGUCAAGAGAGGACACCGACUUCGAGUGGUGGGCGCGCGUUGGAGAAUUCAUGAAGCCCCUAUUCUCCGGACAAGCUGGUGAUGUGGACAGGGAUUUGAUUAGGAGGUGUGCGCAAGAAGGGAUUAGGGGCAUCUCGGACCUGGAGAUCGCGAAUCUUGCAUUGGCUGCUAGCGAGGAGAAGAAACUGAGGGAUUCUUGGUGGACGGUGACCAGGGAGGAGUCGGAGGGAGAGAGUGCUGACGAGGAUUCUAGUGAAGAGAAGGAAGGAUCGGAGGAAGAAGAGAACUCGGAAGAUAACGCAGAUUGUAGUGAGGGGGACGAGCCGGAAGAUCUAAUGGAUGCGGAAGCAAGGUUAAAGGAAGCGCGGGAAUUUCCUAGAGAUAGAAAGGGGUAUCGACCACUUAGGAGGGAGGAAGAGGAGUGUCAGGACAGGAGGGACUUAAGAGAAGGGAGGUCAGCUGAAGCCGGCGGCAGACCGCGGAGAUGGGUCGAAAGGGUCCCGGAGGCCGUCGCCGGUGAGAGGCAGGCCUUAGUAGGGCCUAGAACUGGCGAGGACAUAAGAAUGUCUGCGCAAGAAGUGGCGAUCGAGGGCUCGAGGGGCCUUCCUAUAGAGGCUCGGUGGGCAGAUUUACCGGACGCAAGAAUGGGAGAAGCUCUAGAAUUUCCAAGAGAUAGGGUGGGGUACCGGCCACCCAGGAGAGAAGAGGAAGGGGGACCGAGUAGAAGGGACCUUAGAGACGAGAGGACGACAGAGGCUGGUAGUAGGCCACGAAGAUGGGCCGUGAGAGAAGCGGAUGCUGCCUGGGCUCCCGGAGAGAUAAUGGGCAGGAGUAAGGGGGUGGAGGCCUGGAGAAGCUUUAGGGGGCAGGACCACGCUCGGUGGGAGACGGAUUGGCCGAAUGAGCGGGGGCGCUUCGGGGAAGACCCCUGGGAGCCGCCAAGACCCCGGGGCCGGGUAGAGGAGCCGGAUCCCUCAUGGUACAAGCCGUACGACCCGACAAUCGAUGGACCAAUGGAAGGUCCCUAUUUUUGCCGAUACGACGAUCGACGAGUCCCCUACUACGACGUCAACUUGGGUCUGGAGGCACUUUUCUUCGACGGACGGGAUGUGACUGGGUUCGUGGAGAAAUGGGAAAGUUAUGCUUACCGUAAAAGAUUCUCCGAAAGAGAGUGGAUCGACUAUUUUAUCCAGCACUUCGACCCCGAGUUAGACCUCGCGAUUCGGGCUAUCUACCCCUCAGACGGACGGUGGAGGACCUUCAGAGCGAGCCUAUUGCAGACUUUCGCCUGUGAUGACCUGAUCCCGACCGUGGAGGGCUUGCGACGAAUUACAAGGGGGGAACGGGAGAGCUUGGUAGCCUUCACCCGUAGGUUCAAGCGCCUGUCCCAAGCCCUAGUGGAUAGGGGGAUGCUGUCUGAAGUAGAUAGGUGCGUGAUGUUUAUGCUGCACCUACCUGAGGAAAAGAGGAAAGAGGUCCUUGAGAAGGCCCCAAGGGAUUCUGUCAAUUUCAAGAAAGUCGCAGAGGUGGUUUUCACAGGGGGAGGAGUAGAUGUGAGGGAAUACAUGAAAGAGACCUUGGACAUGGCACUUCGCAACAUGCGAGGCAGGCGGUGGGGAGACGCCCCUCAAGCGAGGGCUUCUGGCCCGCGACGGGAGGUUAGGGCGCCACCACCACCACCACCGGCUCCGCCUGCGCCUAUAGCGGCGGCSACACAAGGGGGUCCGCGUCCCAACAACCCACAAGCUCGAAGCGGGUGUGUCUACUGCAAUGAGGAGAAUCACAUCAAAAGGGACUGCCCUUAUCUCACGGAGGCCUUAAGGUUGGGGGUGGUCAAGUUGAAUGAGAACAAGUGGGUUGUGUGGGGAGAUAGCGGAGAGGCGGUCUCCUUUUACCUAUCAAUGAAGGUGAACGUGGACAAGAGGAUGGCCCUCCAUGGGGCUAGGCUGGGGAAGAAACCGGAAAUCGGGAGCUCCUCCAACACAGCUCAUAUCCAAAUGACGGAGUCAACGGGGGGGGUGUCCAUUAGGGAACCCCAGGUGUCAAGCAUCAAGUUCAUAGAAACCCAGCCCGAGGAAGAGAGGCCUUGCCUAAGGGUGAGAACGCAGGUUGGGACCGAGACGUCCGAGAGCCAAGCGAGCGUGACGGAAGGUACGGAAGUAAGGAGCGGCGACAAAGACCAACCAAUGACCGAUGCAAAAGCGGUAGAGGAAAAGAAGGAAGAGCCCACCUCACCCAUAUCGCCUAAAAAGAGGGGGCCCAAAAAGUUCGAAAUGACGUGCACUCUGGAUGAGUUAGACACGGUAGCCCCCCUUAGGAGGACUCUGAUGCAGCCUAUGCAGUGCACACUUUUGGAAUAUCUAGCCGCCAACAAAAGCGUCAGGGAAGAGCUCCUAAGCAUCACGAGGAAGGUAAGAGUCCCACUCGCAGGAGGGCCCACCGUGUCGGUGGAAGGUCCAGCCAAGGAAGAAGUACAUGUCUCCCGCAUUACCAUGGACAAGCUACCUGCCAACUUCUUCUCGGGAGAAGAGGCCAAGAAAUUCUAUGUGUUAGGUAGCGGCCAACUCCAGGCAGUAGUAAGUGGGAAGAAGAUGAGGGCUCUAGUAGACAACGGGUCCGAGUCUACGGUUUGUAGGGACUCUAUCGCGCGGGAUCUGGGCUUGGAGAUAGAUCGAGGGGUAUCAAUGUCAAUGGUGGUGGCCGAUAACAAGCUGCGACCGGUGGAAGGGGUGUAUUAUAGCCCCGUGAUUGAGGUCGCUGGCGUAGAGGCGACGGUCCCAUUCUUUUCGGUAAAAAAAUGCUCCUCCGAGUUGAUCCUCGGAAGGACCUGGAUGAGCGCGGUUCACGCUACCACGGUUGAUUUACCGGAUGGAAGUCAGACUCUUUCGAUCCAAAGUCCCGAUGGAAUCCGAGUGGUCCUAAAGACCGUAGACGCGCAAGAUGAGCGUAACUGGACCAGCAUUGCUAGACGCAAGGGGAGUCAGUCGAGGGUGUGCAGAGUCCGUCUGGAGGAGGUACCUCUGACGGAUAGGGGACCCAAGGGAGACCAAUUGGAGGUCGAGGAUGUAGGGGAUAAAAUUGUGAUUAACGGGACCGAAAGAAUCCGGCAAGAGGCGAUGGGGUAUUGCGUGCGAGGAGGCCAUAUCUUCAAGAGGCGCACCAAGUUUGCGAUACCCAUGAGGGUACUGUGCGAUCCUGAGGAAAGAAGGGCGGUCAUAGAGGAACUCCACGACGGGGUCGUUGGGGGUCAUAGGCGGGUGAAGGGUACUUUCGAUAAGGUCCGUAGGCUUUAUUGGUGGGACGGGCAAUACACGGAAGUGGAAAAGUACUGUUCAACAUGUGAACCUUGCCAGAAGAGAGCAACAGUUCGAUACAAAGAGCCCUUAGUCCCAUUGCUUCCCACGGUUUCGGGUGAGAAGGUCCACGUGUAUUUGGUAACCAUGCCAAAAGGGGUCGGCGGACUUCGAUACAUAAUCAACGCCCGCAACGAUCUCAGCGGGUUCGAGGAAGCUAAGGCCAUUAAAAAGAAAACGGCCGAAGAGGUGAGUGAUUUUCUCCUAGAGUAUGUCAAGCGGUACGGGAAAAUAGUUAUGGAUAGUGGGGCGGAAUUCUUGAGCCAGAAGGUCAAGGCCCAGGUUAGUGUGCAGCAGCCUGUUUCAGUGGCAAUGCAGCCGCUCCAGCAAGCCCCUGGGCCCAUGCAGCCUAUGCAGUGGAUGCCCAAGAUACCUCUGAUGAGUCCCAAACCUUUCUCUGGAGAUAGAAAGAAGGAGGAGGACUUGGACACCUGGGUGAGGACUGUGCCUACUUAUGUGAGGCACAAGCUCACAAGGCCAGAGCAAGAAGUAGUUGUGGCUGCCUCUUUUCUAGAAGGGUCAGCAGCUCGCUGGUUGAAUAGUCUAGUGCAGCAACAGGGCUACGGUCAGGAUUUCGAUGCCUGGUCACAGACUCAGACAUUGAAGCAGUUCGUACGGUCAGUCUACAGCAGGUGGCAUGACCCGCAAGGGGCUCAAAAGGCCACCGAUGCUAUCAAAUACCUUUGUUCCCGCAAGUUCAAGGAUGUGAGAGAGCUUACAGACACCGUAGAACGCCUUCUCGUGGUACCGGGUGUGCCUUUUGACCAGCAGGUUCUCCUGACGGAUUACCUAAGGUGCCUACCUGCAGAGGUAAGGACCAAGCUGGUUGACGAGGCCUAUGUCGAACAACACACCUUCGCUUCUUUUAGUAAGAAAGCUCUGGACAUAGAGGUAAAGUUGGGGUCUGCUCAUAAGGUAUCUCAUGAUGGUAGGAAGAGACUGCCCCAAGACUGGAAGAAGAAGGGUCAGUUAAUGUUCGUUGACCAUGAUGGUCAAACGACGGAGAUUGACGAAUUCCCAGACCUUGGGGAGUUGACAGAAAAGGAUGUGGCCAGCGAGACUUCGGAUGGGGGAGUCGUGGCGCCCAUCAAGGAAAAGGCUAGGGGGACCGGGAAGAAGAAGGUAGGACGGCCCACGGGUCAGGGAGACCAAGGGACACCAGCAUGGGUGAAGCUUGGUUUGGAUUACGAGGUGUGGAGGGACCGAGUUGCCAGGGGCACAUGCAUGAACUGUGGCAACUAUGGCCACACGUCCAGGACUUGUCGCGGCAAGAAGGUCACCACGAAGGUAGCCUCACCAACGGUGUUUGGUUCCCAUCUGUUGGACAGUGUUAUGCCACAGUUCGCUCGUAAAGCGAACAUCCCUAUCGCUGACGAUAGACUUAGGUCCUACAUGUGGGCCCUGUGCGUCGCCGGUGAUAACGGAUCUAAUGCGGGAGGGAGUGAGGGACGGAUGGACGGAUUAAGGAAUAGAGGAAUGGAGGGACGAAGGGACGGCGGGAGGGAGGGAGGGAAGGAGGGAAGGAGGGAGGGAGGGAGGGAGGGAGGGAGGGACGGUGUUACAGAGGCACAGAGGGAUAAAGGGGCGUGGGGGGGAGGUACGGAGGGAGGGAUAGAGGGAGGCGGGGGAUGGAGGGAUGGAGGGAUGGAGGGAUGGAGAGAUGGAUGGAGGGAUGGAUGGAGGGAUAGAGGGAUGGAGGGAUGGAGAGAGAUAGAGGGAUGGACGGAGGGAAAGAGGACAGGGGGACAGAGGGAGAGACGGAGGGAUGGAGGGAUGGCGGGAUGGAGGGAUGUACGGACUGACAGAGGGACAGACGGACGGAGGGAUGGACGGGGGGACAGAGGGACGGACAGAGGGAUGGAUGGAGGGAGGGAGGGACAGAGGGACGGAGGGAGGGAGGUACAGACGGAGGGAUGGAGGCAGGGAUGGAUGGACGGUUGCAGGGAUGGAUCUCCCCCAGCCUUUGCCACGUGGUAAUUUCCCCAAAUCUUUGGCUGAUGUUGAGCGGAGUUGCUAAUGCCACUAA